AUGGAUAACCAAAACGCCAACAAUAAAAACAUCAUUAAUAACAGCAAUCAUUACAAUAACAACAUCUACAUGAAUACCGGGGCCGAGACUACCGGUGCCAGUGAUGGCAAAACGCAUUACUUGUCAAAUAAUCACUUGAGUCCGGACUAUAACGGCACCGGAGGGCAGACGCACUUACGUAGGCGUAGCUCAGCAUAUCUGGACAGACAACAGUUGGACAGUUGCCGUCGAUUGUCCGCAGUUUCCGGUCAUUCAAUAGCGAUGGCAAUGGAUAUUAAGCGCAAAAGUCAUAUGGAGGGCGAGGGACACAGGGAAGGGGACAGUAUAGAUGUGCCCGAACACGAGCAAAUGAGUUUUACCAUGAAAUGUGUCUACACCUCGAUCAUGAUGCUAAUUCAUCACAAUUUUGGCCUCAGUGUGUCUGGAUUCGCGCCCUCGUACGUCGACUGGACGGUUAUGUUGCGGACAAACAUGACAUACAUCGGACUCAUACCGAUAUUCCAGGCUAUUGGCGGUAUAUGCGGCUCCAUAUGUGGAACCUUGUACAAAUGGCUACCGCGGCAACUAGUGCUAUUGUUCGUGGUCAUAUUAAUGGCAAUGGCCACCAUAUUCAUGCCCUACUCGACCGAGAUCUGGCACCUGUACAUAUGUAUAUUUUUCUACGGCUGUGGUGUCGGCGCGUGGAAUAACUCAAACAACGUGUGGCUCAUUGAGAUGUGGCAAAAACGGAGUCCGACCAUGUUGCUACUGUCGCAGGGCAUAUACGGUGUGGGCACUAUUCUGGGCCCGAUGGUGGUCAAGCCAUACCUGUCCGGUAUAUCGCAGAGCGAUAAGCCCACCGGCGACAACAUGAAUGACACAAUGGCCGCGUUGUUGGCCAGUCAGGUGUCCGACAAACUUAAGACACCUUUUUUGAUCACCGGCUGUAUUGAAGUGAUUGGGCCCAUCAUAAUGUUUAUUCUAUUCUUUAUCAAACCCUACAAAUUCACGUCAUUAACCAAAAGGGAGGACGAGAUGGCGGUGACUGAGGCCGAUAAGGCACGCCUGGAGGAGGAGCGCCGAGUAAUACCCAAAAAGACCCUCAUCGUAUGUACCGCCAUAUUCUUUGCCACCGGAUUUAUGACCGAGAACAUGUACGUGGACUUUGCACCUAGCUACUUCCAAUUUGUGCCCAACCUGAGACUGUCGGCCCAGACGGCCGCUGACAUAGCCAGCACAAUGGCCAUAGCGCUGGCCGGCGGCCGCUUUUUAUGCAUACUAUUGGCCAUGAAGUUACGGCCCCAUAUUUUGGCCAAGAUAUUCUCGGGGUGCUAUGGUUUAGCGCAGCCCUGA